GCUGACGGGGCUGGAGAGCAUUUGCCAGCAGUCAGUGAUGCCCUUGCCCUAAGCUGGAGUGGCGAAUUUUGAUCUAAGUCUGACGCGGUGGCACUGUGAGGUCAGCAGCUCUGUUGGUACCAGCGCAUUGUUGGGGUUGCCAGGUGAGGAAUGCAGGGCGCUCAGCUCCGCCCCGGUCAGCUCCGGGGCACAUUGGUCUGGCCCUAAAGCCAGCAGAAGGACGUGGGUACAUGUUCUCUGGACCCUCGUUUCUGUUUCCUGCCAGGAAGAGGAAAUCCAUCCCUUUUCACCCUGCAGGUUAGGAAUAAUCCCUCUGUCCCGAUGGGGACCAUCCCAAAGUGAUGCUGCGUUGUCAGGAGGGAGGGGGCUGGCACCAGCUGUGCUGGGAUGGAGCCGGCUGAGGCCGCUGAAAUCCCAAACGACUGGGACGGGCCGGGAUAGCGAUGCCUGUAGUAUCAGCUGGGAUCUCGCGCGGUGCCCUGGUGUAGAAAGUUGGUCCUGCCGGGGGGAGGCUGGUUCCAGCUGGCGUUGGCAGCCUGCCCGCCUGCCGGCUCUCUGCUGCUUUGUCUGGGAUGCUUGGCGAGGCGGGCAGGGAGAGCUGGGCUGCUGGUUGAAACAGCCCUCAACAACCCCCCUGGGGGUUGGAGGCGACGUUUUCAUUGCCCUGUCACCCCCUCGCUGCACCAGUGCGGAUUCGGCUGGGAGUGAGUUCGCCGCUGUCGGCUGUGAGAAAGGGAAAGGCUCUGAGGUCUCUCCCUGUGAGCACUGAGGUUUUGAAAAGAUGCUGAUCUCCUUAGUUUUAUUCUUAUUUUUGCCUCCUCCCUUUCCAGCCACUCCCUCCGUCCCCAGCCCACAACCUCUUAAAGAGGAAAUUCAAUGAUGUUGACAGUUAAGGGCGGGGAUGGGAACUUCUGAUAGCUGAGGGCUUGAUGCGCUGAUCACGAGAAAGCGAGAAAGCGCAGCCUGGCACCUCCUGGGGAGUGCCCCUGCGCAGAUGAACUGCCUGACUGCAGCAUCGGGGGGGUUGUGAGCCACGUGGAGGUGGUGCCCAUGGGGGAAACGCACGAGUGGGACAGCGGGGAAGAGCCUGGCUUCCAGACUCGGGACGGGGUUCGGUUAGCGAUUAAGAAGAGUGGAGGCAGCAGCAUCUUCCUCCGCGCGGGGCUGCACCCUGCCUGCCAGGUCUCAGACCAGGCAGUACAGUCUCCCUUGCGGCUCCGUGUGUUAUGGGUGGAGAACCUGAGCGUGGAGAGGAGGGUGGGAACGGAUGCCCGCCAGUUAACAGCAGAGGUGGAAAGAGAAGCACCACAUCCAGUGCUCCCUUUGCAAGUUUCGUUUCUUCCUGUGGGCAUCUGCUGGGGAGAUGAGAUGGUUAAUGACCAUGCUUUUGCUUUUUUUUGGCUUGAACUUAGGCCUUUUCCUGGUGUUUGCGUUGCAAGGAGAUGGUAGCGUCUUGGUUCUCUGUGUGGCGUCUGUAGCAUCAUUGCUGGGGUGGUUCUCGUCACUGGAGGCUGGGAGCAGCGACCCAGUGGGAUGUGGUCACUGCGUGUCCUCCCUGCCAGGCUGGGCAGAGGCCAGCAGUGCCGCAGGGUGCGGCUGGCAAAGGGAGGCGGCCAGGGCUGCUGCAAAGCUGGGGAAAGCUCUCCCGUGCAUGCUUUCCCCUUCCAGGGGGGUGUUCUAUUCCAGAGCUGAGACCCUGGAUGCACUUCCACCUGCGCCUGGGCGCAGAGAUAAGGCCAGGUGGCCCAGGGAGAGCCCAGGUCUUGGCCAAACUGCACCAGGCAGUCUGGAAACGGGCUCUCUUACUGCCGCAGGGCUGCAGGGAUUGCCCAGGGUCGUGCAAAAGCGUCCCAUUGGACAUGGCAUGGGCACUUUGCUCGUGGCUGUCUCUGAUUGCAUCCCUGGUUUUUUCUUCCCCCUCUUUGGUUCUUCUGGAGCUUGCUGCAGCCAGCGCAAGCAGCCCCUGCGGUGUGGCUGGAGCACCGUGCGCAGGCAGCGCAGCGGAGGAGCGCAAACCUGGGAGGGGGCGGGGGGUGUCAGCAGGUUGCCCACACAACACAGAUGGACAUGGGAAACUCGCUGCUCACAGAGAGGCUGUUGCGCCUCUUUGUUUUCCCCACUAACUGUUGUUGUGGUGUCUUGCAGGCACAGAAGAAUAAGGCAGGAUGGAUGUCUGUGACCCUCAGAUGCCGAAUGUCGUGCUCUUUGGAGGUCUGAUGGUGGUAUCAGCCAUCGGGAUCUUCCUGGUGUUCACCUUCAUGGAGAAGGUCCUCCGUCCUUCUGAGGAAGCCUUGGCCAAGCAAGGCAAAGGGCUUAAGAAGACUCAGCAGAAGGAAAAAGAGAAAAAGAAGAAAGAGGAAGCUGUUGAGAAAAAAGGAAAAGGAAAGAAAAAUCAAGAGAAACCUAAUGGACAGGUCCCAGAGGCGCACCAAAGUGCUCCAGUGGUCAGCUCUGUCACCAUAAAGAAAAGCAAUGUUCUUCCAGCCCAUGAGGAGCAGAAGCAUAAUGGACCUGUCAAGAAGGUGGCUGCAUCCAAGAAGAAGAGCGAGCCAGCACCUGCGGACUCGGAUGGGCCCCUCCACCUGCCCUACAAGACGCUCGUGUCCACGGUCAGCAGCACGGUGUUCGGCGAGGGGGAGGCCCAGCGGCUCAUCGAGAUCCUGACGGAGAAAGCGGGCAUCGUCCAGGACACCUGGCACGCGGAGCUGGCGGCCGAGCGGGCCAAGGCGACGGCCGUGGAGGGCAAGCUGAAGGAGCAGCUGCUGGCCCGCGAGCAGGAGAUGGCAGCGGUGCAGGCACGCGUGCAGGCCAGCUACCAGGACCAUGUCAGCGAAACGCAGCAGCUGCAGGGCAAGAUCCGCACCCUGCAGGAGCAGCUGGAGAAUGGCCCCGACACGCAGCUGGCUCGCCUGCAGCAGGAGAACUCCAUCCUGAGCGAUGCCUUCUGCCAGAUCAGAAGUCAGAUGGAGAGCAAGCAAAACGCUGAGGUGGCCAGGUUACAGGAGUGGUGCGGCAAGCUGAUGAACGAGCUGUCUGAGAAGUCAGAGGUGCUGCGGCAAGAGGAGCAGCUGAGGAAGAGCUGGGAGAUGAAAGUGGCGGCCUUGGAGAGGCAGAUGGAGCAGCUGCAGGAAAAACUAGGAAAAAAAAAAAAAAGAAAGAACCGGGGCCAGGCAGCAAGCGAACUACAGGAGCGACUGAAGGUUACCCAGGACCAACUGGCCAAAGGGAGACUGAAGAAGUGUAAAGAACAGCUUCAGGAAACGGGGGAAGAGGACAGCUUGAAGGAAGGGACUUCAGUCUGACGAGUCUGUGACCUAGACCUUACCGUCACCUUACCAAAAUGCCUUACACAUUCCUAAAACGAAAACUAAAAAUAUAUGCCUGAUUUACUGUAGAAAAAAGUUGCAAGCCAUUCGUGACCUAAAACCUAGUUUUGAAACUUAAAAAAAACCCCCAAACACAAAAACCCAACCAGUAAACACUGCAGGGAUAUGUUUGUAAGAAAAUCUUCAUACUGUUUUGUACAACUACCGUUUGUUCCCAAGGGCACCGCACCGACCACAUCGGGGCAGGCAGAACCCACAAAUCUGUGAAAAGGGAAGACUCUGUUUGUACAUCAACUGGUGAUUUUUUUUUUUCCUUUCUUUUUUACUUUUUUUGUUUUGGUUUGGGUUUUUUUGUUUGUUGGAGUGGAAGAAGUGUGAAAGUGAGACCCAGCAUGGAAGGAAGCCUCUCUUUGAUGGGUGGCUCUUGGCGCGUAUCCUUUUGUGUAUUUCUGGGUGUCGAUGCAUUUACAAUGAUGUAGUGAAAAGAGCUUAUUCUUGCUUCAUUUUCCGGGUUAUUAUUUACUAAUUUUUUAUUAAGUUUGCAAGCCAGCCAGGUGUUUGGGGUCACUGAAGAAGGACCCUGCUGUGGCCGGGAGCAGAUCCUUUACUCCCCCGCCUUGCUUGCUGUGCUGCAAACAGCCAUCCCCUCUGUUUUUUCUCCAAGAUACGCAAAGGAGAGAAGCCUUCCCUUCCAGCCACGAGUGUUCUCACACUGGCGGUGCACCCCGAGGUCCCCUGCCACGGGGUCAGGCUGAGCGUGGGGACAGGGCAGAGCAGCGUGAGCGUGGGGACAGGGCGCAGCAGCACAGCCUCGCCAGCCCAGCGCAGGCUGCUCCUGCUCUCUUAAGCCUCAGCGCACCCCAGAAAUUCUGUCCCUGCGGGUGCUGCGUGGUGGUGGUCCUUGGGCACUGCCAGGCUCUUCAGCCUUCUCUCUCCCCUUCUUGUGGCUUUCCUGUUGAAACUCCACACAAACCCACCCUUUUUCCCCCGAGUUUUCUUCUUUUUAAAUAAUUUUUCUUUUUUUAUUUCAAGUUGGUUUAUUGGGAAAUGGCAGAGACCACGUCACAGCUUGGUGCCUGCCUCCUCACAAUAAAGCUGCUGAGCCCGGCGCUGACAUCAGCGGGAUUUGAGGAGCUGGUGGGGGGAAAAGGCCCCCAGAGUACUUGGUACCUCUGGGGGGUGUGAAGAACCAAGGCCAGGAAGGGGGAUGAAGGCCAGACCCGCCUCCCUUUUGUUCCCAGAGAAGUCUGCGUGUGCUCAGCCUCUAUAUUAGACACACCAGAGAUUCCACGCAGGCAGGACUGGGUAGACACGUGUCCUGUCCCCCCAGCACUGCAGCUUUGGGGGUCACGAUGGAGAAGGGAUGUGCAAAUCACACUUGGGCUCUGGGGUAUGUGCGUGACCUGUCUCUGAUCAGGCAAGAAAAAGGGGUCCUGCUGAAUUCUGGCUGA